AUGAGCGCCUGGAUGAACCAAGAACUAAUAUUUCUGAGAAUGCGAUGCCCAUUUACAACCUUGACCCAACGAUUGACGAAUAUAUUGAAUAAUGAGGAUGAUCAAGCGUCCAUAGAUAUUGAUGGUACCAUUACAACACUUGAUGAUACCAAUACAACAAUUACUGGUACCAAUUCAACACUCGCUUAUAUCAAUACAACAGUUACAGGUACAGAGUUCGUGGUUAUGUUUACACCAUACUAUAACGACACGAAAUUUGUUCAGUUAAUCAUCACAUCAAAUAGUGAAAAUGAUAUCAAUAUAAACAUCGAGUCACCAUUUCCAGGAACAUUCCAAACGACUUACAAAUCCAGUCACGUGGCUAUUGUUGACCUUCCCAGGUCGAUCGUUGAUCUAUCUGAUGGAUCAAAUUCAAAUGGUGUGAAAAUAACGUCGGAUCAUCCCAUUUUUGUUGUGGGGUUGGUAGGAUUAGGACCUUACAGCACUGAAACAUUUACGGCAAUUCCAUCCCAUAAUCUAGGUCAGUCAUAUUUCAUAGCCACUCAUAUUAACACUGUUCGCUAUUACGGAAAGGACAAAAUGCAGACUAUAGGGAUAGCAUCCCUACAAGAUAAUACAGAUGUUACUAUCUAUUUUAGUAAUACUUCCGAUAUUUUGCUUCUCAGUUCGAAUCAAACCAUAAGUGCUGGAACUAAUUACACGUUUUCACUCGGAUAUUUAGAUACGUUUUACUUUGAAACAAAGGAUGAUAUCACUGGCACCCGUAUAGAAAGUACCAGCCCGAUUGCAGUUUUUGAUGGAUUGAAGCAAGUUGGAAUUACCUAUGAUUACAAAACCAAAACACGCGAUACCAAUAUCAAUGAAUUAGGAAUGGAACAACUUCCACCCACUUCCACUUACAGUAAUGAAUUUAUAAUUCCAGUAUUCAUGCAUAGUGCUGGUAUGGAUGCUUACAUUAUUUCUCCAGAUCCCGCUUACAAGAUCUACACAUAUACUGAUGAUGACUACACAGUUUAUCAAACAGAAAACAUGCACAAAGCCACUUUGUCGAUAAAAAGUGCCACAAGUAUUGCGAGUCAAAGCCCUUUACUGCUUAACAUUCAUGUUAAAAUGAGACUUCACAUGAAAACAAGUUAUUUUACUGUAAAUAUACCGGCAAUAAGCCAGUUUUCAAAUCAGUAUGUUCUAGCUACUCCAUUUACAAACAAUACGUAUGAAAACUUUGUUUCUGUUAUCAUUAAAGCAGAUGACGUCAAUGGUUUGCGGUAUGACGAUCAUCCAGUUACACCCGUUUCUGAAACAAGGGCAUCUCAAAUUAUAUUUGUUCCUAGAUAUAUGUUCCUUGUUUCAAGGAAAUAUGACCCCAAAUGGGUGACUGGUGUACAGAAAAAUAGACAGGUAAUUAACGAACAUCCCCCACCUUAG